GUUUCUGAGUAAAAUGUAAUGUGAUUCAUAGUAUUAUACAAUUGUGCAGAAGCUAUGUAACCUCAGAAUUGUGUUAAAUUAAAGAUGGGCAAUUAUAUGCAAAAAUGUUUUUCCCGUGUUCAACCGAAAAAUGAUGUGUUGAAAAUUCUCAUCGUUGGACUAGAAAAUACAGGGAAAACAGAAAUAGCUUACAAAAUCUGUAAUAUAAAACGAGACGAAUAUCUCCAAACGAAAGGAUGCAGAGUAUUUGAUACAACUAUAGGUGGCAUCAGUGUACAACUCACUGAAGUUGGUGGUGCGUUAGAAUUUCGUGAUGUUUGGAAAUACUAUUUUUUGGAUAUGUAUGGCAUUGUUUUUGUAGUCGACGCUUCCAGCAUUAAUAACAUAUAUCAGUCUCACCAAACUUUUAAAAAUUUGAUGGCGCACGAUUUUUUAAUUGGCAAACCAUUCCUCAUCAUCGCAAAUAAGCAAGAUCUUCCCAGUUCGGUUGAUUGUAUUGAUAUCUGUGAAUAUUUAGGCGUGGAAUUACUUGCCAAUAAAUACCGGAAUCCAUGUAUGAUAGAAGCAUGUGGCAACUGGGGCAGUACAUUUGACGAGUACGAUGGACUUCAGUUCGGCGUUAAUUGGCUAGUAAAAACGAUAAUAGCGAAUAAACAGUUUCUUGUGAAUAGGAUAAACUUCCAUCGGAUCAUGCUGGAGAAUGGUCCGAAACUCUUUGGGAGUCAUCGUCCAUAUACUGGUGUUCGACGAAAGAAUUCUAAGCCCAACAUUAAAGAAACACAUCCUAAAACGGCACCUCCUUCACACAGACACUGGUUAAGAGAAAACAAUAGCAACUAUUUAUCCAAACGAAAUAGCAUAGUUUCAUUGGGAGGUAGCAGAAUCCAAGCUGCUAAUUAUGCGAUUUCUGAAUCAACUGAAAACACUUCCAUCAACGCCGAACAACUUGCAGCCAUUGGUGAGAUUGUCGAGCAUGCGGAUAACGUAUCAAUGAACAAAAACCACACAGAAACGAUAGUAAUUAUUAGAAAUCGGACUAAUGAAGAUUUAACGGUACAGGAUCUAUCGUUAACGAUACAUAGCAUAGAUUCGAAUAAACAUAGCAUAGCAUAGGACUAAUAUGAUCGCAGAGUAUGGAUUUUUUGAAGUGCCAAAAGUCGACAGGAUGACUAAAUAAUGGAUACAAAGGAAUAAAUCAUAAUACAAUAACUUUAUAGAAGUUACGCUUUAUGUGAACUACAGCUUCCGUCCGAAAUGUCAUUUUUCUCAAAAGAUUGUACAUUCUGUCAAAAACAUACCAGGAAUUUGAAAUUGUAAAUCUUCCCGCUGAACAUUUUUCAAUUUGUUUGAAGUUGGUACUACUGUCAGUGGUCUUAACCCUAGAUUCAUAAACCAACCCUCAAUAAAAGAACUUUACAACGCAUGGCGCGUCCUAAUUUUUAUUUUAUUUUUUUCAAAUAUUUGUAGAUUUUGUUGAUAUCUCCCGUAAUACUUAAAUUAGGUGAUCUUAGAAGUAAGGUGUAUCAGAGACAUAUGUUUAUGAACAAUCUAACCAUUAAUAAAGUUUACGAAUCGUUGGUUAAUGUCAAUUUUGAACGCAAUCUGUUAACGAGAGCGAGUUAUUUUUUUUGCCCGGCUAUUAUUGAUAUGGCUAAAUCUUCUAAAUCUACCAUCUCUUCAACUGAUGGAAACAUCGACAAAAUUAAGAGAAAUUGU